AUGUUCCAACCUCCCAGAACACCUCAGCAUCGUGGCAUUUGUCCAGCAUGGGUUGGUGCUCUGGCGAUGGGGAUGAUAUUUUUCUGCUCUCCGGUGGUCAGUAUGUUCACCGAUCACUUCGGAUGCCGGAAGACAGCCGUCUGCGGAGCAUUUGUGGCCUUCCUCGGUCUUCUCACCAGUUCAUUCGCAACCACACUGGGUCUUCGAUACUUCACAUACGGGAUACUGUUCGGCUGCGGAUCCUCAUUCGCAUUCCAGCCGUCUCUGGUGAUCCUGGGGCAUUAUUUUCGACAGAGACUGGGUUUGGCCAAUGGCGUGGUGACGGCAGGCAGCAGCCUCUUUUCUAUGGGGCUCCCUGUGCUGCUCAAGAAAGUGGUGGGACCGCUGGGCCUUCCCAGAACCUUCCAGAUCCUCAGUAUCUUCAUGCUGGUCCAGUCGCUGCUGGCCCUCACCUUCAAACCACUCAUGCCCAGUGGGAUGUGCCCGAUGCCAGGCAUGGGAAUGGACGGAGGUCCCCCGUCCAGCCUGGAGUCAGCGAGCAGGUGGCAGAAGGGCCUGGCCAAAAUCAGGAAGUACUUUAACGUACGAGUGUUUGGUGUGCUGACCUAUCGGGUUUGGGCGUUCGGCGUCGCCACGGCAGUUCUGGGAUACUUCGUUCCGUACGUGCACCUGAUGAACUUUGUGAAAGAGCAGUUUGGAGACACUCAGAGGGAAUGGGUGCUGCUUGUGUGUAUCGGAGCGUCGUCUGGAGUCGGUCGACUGCUGUUUGGGAAGAUCGGAGACCUCAUACCUGGAGUAAAGAAAAUCUACAUGCAGGUGGCCUCGUUCAUAUUACUGGGUCUGAUGUCCAUGAUGAUACCUCAGUGCGCCGUGUUCGAAGGUUUGGUGGUGGUUUUCGUAUUGAUGGGUCUUUGUGACGGCUGUUUCAUCACUAUCAUGGCCCCCAUCGCCUUUGAGUUGGUAGGGCCCAUGCAGGCGUCUCAAGCCAUCGGCUACCUCCUCGGCCUCAUGGCCAUACCAAUGACAGCGGGACCACCGAUUGCAGGGAUUCAUCUCACCAGCACUGCUUGUGGCAUGUGUACGUGA